UACCGCUGUGACGUCACGCCCGGAUGGCCAUGGAUACCCUCGUCUGCAACUUACAAGAACGUAAACAAAUGCUCCGGAUGAUGGCAGACACCGAGGUCGCCAAGGCACUUCUUAGUGUCAUUGAGCGAGUAAAUGUCGCAACCAAGGCGAGAAGUCCUGAAAUUGCAGCCUUGUGCAGACAACCAAGGCUAGUGGCAGUCAGUAAGACUAAACCGAAGGACAUGAUUAUAGAAGCGUAUUCAGCAGGACAGAGACACUUCGGAGAGAAUUACGUCCAAGAGUUGGUGGAGAAAGGCCAUGAUGAAGAGAUAAUAGAAAAAUGUCCCGAGAUUAAAUGGCACAUGAUCGGACACCUGCAGAGCAAUAAAGUGAACAAGGUUAUUGGAAUUCCAAAUUUAGACUGUGUUGAGACGGUUGACACAGCCAAGUUAGCAACAACGCUUAAUAAUGCUGUCCAGAAACGUGGCUUGGACAAAAAAUUGAAAGUGUUUGUUCAAGUUAAUACUAGUGGAGAAGAACGUAAAAAGAGCGGUGUUCACCCUGACAACGUUAAUGAGUUGGUGGGCCACGUCACCAAGAAUUGUCCUCAUCUGACCCUCCUUGGACUCAUGACCAUUGGGGCUUUUGACCAUGAUCUCUCUCAGGGGCCAAAUCCAGAUUUCCAGACUUUGUUGAAAACCAGAGCUGCAGUUUGUGAGACCCAGUGUAUAGAACCACAGGAUGUAGAAUUGUCUAUGGGGAUGUCAAAUGACUUUGAGCAUGCUAUCCUAAUAGGAAGCACCAAUGUUCGAGUGGGCAGCACAAUCUUUGGAGCACGGAAUUACAAGAAGUAAUAAUAGAUAGGAAAGCUGUGUUGCAAUACAUCCGUGUGUCAUGUAAUUCACGCAAAAUAGAUCAUACAAGACAGGGAAUUAUGGAUAGAUCAUUCUUUACUGCUUUAGUCUUUUUGUAUAUAACUGAAGUUGGCUUAUACUUUUGAAGUCAUAGUUACUUCAGUUUAUGUAAGUUUUGAUGCAUCACAAAGUAUGUUUGGACUACAUUAAGUAGGUUUACCUUAUAAUGUAUAGAAGAAUAUCAUAUAUAAUUUCUUAAUAUUGGGGAAGUGUUCAUUGCAGCUAAUGUAGAAAAAGUAAGGAUGAGAAUAUCUUCACAGUGCAAGAUAUGUACUUGACUGACUUUGAUUAAAUGUUUUUGUUAGGAAUAUAUGCAUUUCUAACAAAAGAUACACCAAAACCUGUCAAAUACAUUUUUUGCACUGUGAAGAGAUCCAUUUUCAUUCAUACCUUUUCUGCAUUCAUAUUAGGUAUUUUUCUGUUGAAAGAAAAACUUUAUAGAGUAAUAAUUUUGUGUUAAUGUAAAUGUUGGUGUACACUGACCUCUAGAUUUUUUUUUUGAAAUUCUAGGGAUAGUGAAUGUCCAUUAGAAUGAAAUAAUGACUGUGUAGACAUUUUUAGCAAUGUUUGGGCAGUUUUACUGAUUGUUGCAUGUAUUGCUCUUCCAUAUCAAGUUUGAAUAGGUCUAUUUUGUUUUUAACGUGGAAAAAUGUCUAGGGUAGUCUACCAAAUUUUGAAAUUUGUAAGUUUUAAAAUCAUCAGUACUUUUAAUUUUGCAAAACCUCUGUACCACAAAAUUAAGAUACCAAGGUAAGUAUACAUUUAAUACCAAAUAAUUGGUGGGUCAGAAAGAAAAGGAAAAAAAGAUCAAACCUCACUGCAACAAACAACUUAUACAUCAUGUAAUUAAAAUAAUUACUUUAAGGUACGUUGAGGAAGUCAUGUAAUUCUUAUUUAUUAUUGUACUCAUAAACUUAGUUUGACACUAUGUAUCUCAUGAUCUCAACACCCAGACUCCAAAGGACAUCAAGGUGCUAAAGUGGGUAUUUAUGAGAGGUUAAUUCCAAUAAAUGGAAACUCUGACA